AUCUGUCCUAACCUUGCUGUCAAAAUUUGUCAUCCGUACGGAGGUGGCAUCGUUCGUCGUUGCGAUAAUUCGGAGUUUCGCAAGGAUACUCUACGACGACGCCCGGAGCAAUGCUGUUAUCGGGAAGCGGCUAAUCUACACGAACGCGAAAGUUACGAACUGACGAGGAACAUACGGUGCGACGCAAAAAUCUCUUUGCACCGAGUGAUGACACCUGGACCGUCGUUUUCUGCGGAGGAGAUUGAGUGAUAUUUGAGAACAGUUUGAGUACAUGAGUGCGUUUACUUAAAACAAUGAUGGAGUUGAGUCAUAGUCUGACCCUCAAUGAGGAUGCUCUUAAUCAAAUCCCAGAGGCGAAGCGACCGGUCUUUAUUUUUGAAUGGUUGCGCUUUCUGGAUAAAGUUCUGGUUGCUGCUCAGAAGAGUGAUAUUAAAGGAUGCCAGCAAAAGUUAGUGGAACAAUUGACCAGGCAUAUGCAAGGUGCACCUGGUCCACCCACUCGACGUCUCAUUGCAAGGUGCCUGGCAACUUUGUUCAGUGUAGGUGACACAUUUCUGCUCUUCGACACUGUCAACAAGUGUAAUGAUAUCUUGAGGAAUAAAGACGACUCGCCAAGCUUUCUACCUACAAAACUAGCUGCUAUCUGCUGCGUGGGAUGCAUGUAUGAGAAACUGGGAAGAAUGAUGGGCAGGUCAUACGAGGAGACUGUGCAGAUCUUGAUAAAGUCCUUACGUUCGGCAGAAUCACAGACACGAAUAGAAAUUAUGCAUACAUUAGAAAAGGUAUGCGCUGGGAUGGGAUCUGCGAUAACUAAUGUGCAUAAAGAGAUAUACAAAGUUUCCAGGCAUUAUCUGACCGAUAGAGUGAUGGCAGUGAGAUGUGCAGCUGCUAAGUGUUUAUUGGAGAUGUUGAAUCAUGCCCCAUUUUUAUAUACGACCGAAAUCGAAAGCGUUGCAACUUUAUGCUUUCGAGCAUUCGAAGGUUCGAAUUAUGAAGUAAGGUGCUCCGUCGCUAAAUUGCUUGGCACUUUGGUAGCAAUGACACAACUUCCUUCACCUAAGAUAAAAAAUUCUAUAGUUGCACACAACAAAGGUGCUAAGCAAGCAUCGCUUGAUGAGGUAUUGAAUAUCUUAAUGUCUGGAUUUUUGAGAGGCGGCGUCGGUUUUCUAAAGGGAACUGGUGAGAUCAUAAAAGGAAGCUCCAGCAUAAAUAGAGAAGUGCGAGUUGGAGUAACACAUGCAUAUGUAGUAUUCGUUCAAAUGUUGGGCGGUACCUGGCUGGAACGAAAUAUUGGUGCACUAAUCGCGCAUGUUUUGGAUCUGGUUACAAAUCCGAAAGCUGCUAGUUCGCAUGUCGAAGCGGUGUACUCACGCAAAUGCGUGAAUUUUAUACUGCGUGGUACCAUUGGCAAGUUGUUAGGGGAAGGCGCUCAAGCAGCUGCUUGCAAAGAGAUAGCGCACAUCAUUCUGAAACAGAUGAAUUCCAUCGAUUUCAGUCCGGAAAACGCCAAAGAUUGCAAUCAGGAGACGCUAUUCAGCCAGCACUUGUUAGUGUGUGCACUACAAGAAAUGGGUAAUCUGAUACUGGGAUUAGGUACCACAGCCACGAAUUUGUUAUCCGAUCAAUCUCUAAGUCUAAUUGAUGCCAUAAUGGCCGUCCUGGUGCAUCCAUGUCAAGCGGCUAGAUUAGCGGCUUCUUGGUGUUUACGGUGCAUAUGCGUAGCGGUGCCAAGUCAAAUAACACCUCUGAUUGAUCGCUGCGUCGACGGAAUUGAGAAUAUGCGUAGCUCACCGGAAGCUAUAGCUGGUUAUAGCAGUGCUCUUGCCGCAGUGUUGGGAAGUGUUUGUCUAUCACCUUUGGGAGUUCCUCAUACCAAGGGAAAGAUAAUUUUCAAUACAGCAGAAGAACUUUUAAGAAGCGCGAGUCAGAACAGUCGUUUAUCUUUAAAUCGCACGCACGCAGGAUGGCUCUUGAUAGGAGCGAUAAUGACUCUAGGUACUGCAGUAGUAAAGGGUUUGUUACCGAGAAUGUUACUUCUAUGGAGAAACUCUUUUCCGCGCUCGAACAAAGAACUCGAAAGUGAGAAAGCUCGCGGUGAUGCUUUCACGUGGCAGGUGACUUUGGAAGGACGUGCCGGUGCAUUGUCCGCUAUGCACAGCUUCCUGCUGCACUGUCCGGAACUUCUGAACGACGAUAUUACACGACGAUUACUUACGCCGAUUGAAUCCGCUCUGGCAAUGCUGACGAACUUGUCUCCUGUUUUGAAGAAUUAUGGCCAGCAAUUGAAAGCUCCUGCCGCUAUGGUUCGUUUGCGCUUAUAUGAAACGCUGUUGCUGCUACCACCACAAAUGUUUGAAGGUUCUUACACACAUCUUCUGAGAAUGCUUGUAUCGGAAUUCACGCUUACGGAUAAUCCUGGAAAUACAACUACUUCUUUAUUAAGUGUAGUUUGCCACGCUAACGAUUCUGUGAUUCUUGGUACAUGGCUACAGGAGACUGAUCAUCGCACAAUAGAAGAUCAACUUCAACCAAAUAGUGCUGCGGGAUCUGGGGCAUUGGAACAUAAUACUUGUUGUCUUUAUAGACCAAUGCCACACUUUGAAAUGAUUCCUGGUCCUUUGCCAUUGGGUGUAGCAGUGAUUGAUUUAUCGGUCGCAUUAUUUGGUCAGAUAUUUCCACGUGUAGCUAACAAACAUAGACUACAGAUGUUGGAUCACUUCAGCGAGUGCAUAAAGCACACCAAGUCUGGAAGACAAGAGGCAAUACAAAUGAACGUAUUCACGGCUGUAUUGAGUGGCUUGAAAGGUCUCAAUGAGGCGAAAACAGGCUUUGGACAGGAGGACGUCAAGAAAUCCGCCACUAAUCUUAUCAUCAGCACACUGGUCAGUAGCAAUCCUAUUUUACGAUGGGCAGCGGGAGAAGCCGUCGGCAGAAUGGCCCAAGUGAUCUCCGAUCCCAAGUUCACCGCAGAAUUGGCGCAGACCAGUUUUGAUCGUUUGAAAUCAGCUCGCGAUGUAGCUAGUAGAACCGGCCACUCGUUGGCAUUGGGCUGCCUUCAUAAAUACGUAGGCGGAAUGGGCUCCAGCCAGCAUCUUAACACUAGCGUCAGUAUCCUGCUUGCACUCGCUCAGGAUAAUUCAUCUCCUGUAGUACAAGUUUGGGCAUUACACGCUCUAGCUCUGAUAGCUGAUUCCGGUGGACCGAUGUUCAGGGGCUACGUAGAGCCUACACUAUCCUUAGCGCUGACCCUUCUUCUCAAUGUUCCUCACUCUUACAUCGAUGUACAUCAAUGCAUCGGAAAGGUUUUAUCAGCUCUUAUCACAACGAUAGGACCAGAAUUGCAAGGCAACACAUCAACGAUUUGCAUGGCACGGUCAUCAUUUUUGUGCGCGUGUGCUAUUAUGCAAGAUCAUCAGGAUCCACUUGUUCAAGCGGAAGCGACCGGCUGCCUUCAACAGUUACAUCUCUUUGCACCUAGACACGUUAAUUUGUCUUCCCUCGUUCCUACAUUAUGUCGUACACUGUCGAGCAAUCAUUUGCUUUUGCGUAAAGCUGCGAUAUCGUGUCUUCGACAGCUCGCUCAGCGCGAAGCGAAAGAAGUAUGUGAGCACGCGAUGACACUGGCUAAUGAAAGCAGAGACACUAAUAUGGUAGAAGGUCUCAUUAUCACCGAGACUGGUCUUCCGGGCGUAUUAUUCAGUAUGUUGGAUACGGAAACUGAUAGUAAAUUAAUCAAAGAUAUUCACGACACUUUGACGAGCAUGCUGCAAAUACUAGCGGCCGACAAUCUGUCUCAAUGGUUGUCAUUAUGUAAAGACGUUCUCACAAUAGCUUCAGAAUCGAGUACGAGCGAAGAAGGUAAUGCGAUGAAUGCGGAAGACAGUGUCGCUGAUAAUGAAGCGGCGGAUGCGGAGGGUGACGACGAUCAGGCUGAAUUUCACGCAGAUGAGUCUACCAAACAGCGACCAUCUAUUACCCCGCGAUGGCCAACGAGAGUCUUUGCAGCUCAAUGCGUCCGACGUAUUAUUGCGGCUUGUAUGAAUAACAAGCAAGCACACUUUGAUCUUGCCCUAGCCAAAGAAAUGCAGCAAUCUAAGGGAAAAGGAGAUUUUCUAGUAUUACAUCUAUCGGAUUUGGUGCGCAUGGCGUUUAUGGCCGCAACAAGUGAUUGCGAUCCAUUGCGGCUCGAAGGUCUCAAAACUCUACAAGAGAUCAUUGAUAAAUUCGCUAAAGUUCCCGAACCGGAGUUUCCCGGACACUUAUUGCUCGAGCAGUUUCAAGCACAAGUCGGAGCUGCUUUAAGACCUGCUUUUUCCGCGGAAACACCGUCACACGUUACGGCCGCAGCCUGUGAGGCUUGCAGCGCGUGGAUCGGUAGCGGCGUCGCUAGGGAUCUCAAUGAUCUACGAAGAGUGCAUCAAUUACUCGUGUCAUCCCUGGAAAAAUUGAGGGAAGGUAACACUCGGCCGCAGUUGUACAAUGAGAGUUUGUCGACGCUGGAAAGAUUGGCGAUCCUAAAAGCCUGGGCAGAGGUUUAUGUAGUUGCGAUGAUAAGAGACGGAUCCGCAUUGAAUAGCAAAGAUACGACUAACAGAAACGUGAAUCAAGUCGACGAGACUAACGAAGAGGAUUUUGGAGAGUUCGAAUUUCAGAGCGAAAGUUUGUUGAGCCUUGUCCAGCCGGAGCUUUUGAGUCUGAGUCAACAUUGGCUAUCUGCUUUGAGAGAUCACGCAUUGCUCUCUUUACCACCAGAAUUCUCGAGUCAAUUGCCGCACGAUGGUGGUGCUUUUUACACAACAGAUACUAUGGAAUCUGCGCGUCCUCACUAUGUAGAAUCAUGGGCGCCGAUUCUUCAUGCCGCGACUCUUUGGCUCAAUGCUAGAGGAUUUGAAAUGGAAGACAGUGAUCAGGAAAAAGCAACGACAAAUCUUGCUAAUAAUAACAAUCAUAACAAUAAUAACAAUGAUGAAUCUAUUACUUCUAAAACUAACAUGAACGUUGAACGUUUUCACUUGUUAUUUGGUAUAUGCAUGGAAGCUUUGUGCAGUCCUCGCUCUUCCGAAUCCCCGCAAAAUAUAAAGACGUGUUUAAAUGCUUUAUACACGCUACUCGAUUCAACAUGGGCACGUGAAGUCUUCAUCACAGAUCGUUCAUUGCCUAUCGAAUUAUGUAAUGUUCUUCAUAGAUUAAUUUUAACACGAGAGAGUUAUGUCAUCCAAAUGAUAGUGAUGGAAGUGUUGAAACAAGUAAUGAAAGCAGCGCAGGAAGACCUUACUGCGAAAAAAUUGAAGCUUAAAGAGAAUAUAUCAACACAGCAAGAAAAUAAUGAAGCAUUAGAAUUGGAUCUGUUGGGAGAGGGAGAAGAAAGUGGCGAGCUUACGCCAGGCAAAUCAUUAGUGUUUGCUGUCCUGGAGGUAUGUCUAUGUCUUCUGGUGCGGCAGAUACCAGCAUUGAAUCCAAAUCCUGGCGGUGCCACUGCCAUCUUAUCUCAGAAAGGCUAUGUACCAUCCGAAAAGAGUGGCAAACUGAUUGCAUCAUCUCUCAAUAUAAUGGAAUCUCUUCCCACAUUGUGCUCUCCGCAAGGCGCAGUGGCAAUUCUUCCGACGUUGCUGUAUCUGGCGACGGGAGUAAUACGCGAAACCGCGGUGCGUACAGACAGCGAUAAUACCAAAUCCGGCUCAGAAGCGCCAGUUCAUGCUGCGUUGCACUGCGUCAAGAAUCUUAUCGUGAACAAAUAUGCUCGGGACCACAGGAGUGAGGAACAAUGGACGGGAUUACUACGAAGUGCGCUUGCCAAGAUUAUCGAUCUAGCCAAAACAGGCAAUGACGAAACUAAGAUGGAUGAGGUAGCAAUGAUGCUAGGUAUCGCGGUGUUCGUGCUGCAUGCAUCGCCAGAUGUGGUGAGCGCUCCGAAUCUGCAAUUUCCAUGCAUUAAUCACUUUCGGCAUGCUUUCCAAUCUGAAAAUCUAACGGUAAAGCUAAAGUGCGUACAAACGUUAAGAACGAUAUUUUUGCAUCCGGAACGUAAUAUAAGUACGCCAUAUAUCCAUGCGCUUGCACCACGACUAGUAGAGUAUCUAUAUAGUGACAAAAGCAAGCAGGUGACGAAUGAUAUGGAAUUGACUUUCACACUGGAAUGUGUCAGCACUGUAGAAGCCCUCAUAGGACUCGCCGAUCUCUCUAAUCGAGAUUUAUUACAAGGUAUUCAAAUGUUGACUCUUCUCGUACCGAUUUUAAUUAAUUAUCUACUGGAGGGGGAUGAGCUCCAGCGUGCUACCAAGUAUCAAGCAAGCCUCCAUCAACAGAGUUUUCAGUGGCUCAAUAAGAUUGGACCAAAGUAUCCGCAGGAUUUUAAGACGUUGAUGUCGCAGUCCACUGAGCUGAAAACUAAAUUGGAGAACGCUGUAAGGACCAGCCAUCAGCAGGCGCAGCGACAUACCCGGCCAGCCGAUUCCGUAAAACCGCAAAUCAAGAUCUCCGCGCCGUCGAUUAAAUUAAAAACUGAUUUCUCCAACUUCAAUUAGAAGAAGAUCGUAUUUGUUGAUAAGAGAUAAGAGAUAAUUUAUUAAAAUCUUGUAAAAGACUAACGUAAAUAACGAUAUUAGCGAUUUUAUCGUAGAUCCGAUCGUGUUAACGCGAUUGACUUCUUAACAACUAUCUAUUAUAUUAGACAAAUCAGAUAAUUGCUAUUUACGACGUCUUAGCAUCGUGAUAAUUAUAAAGUGAUAUUUCACUGUUAGGAAAUCGUACUCGAUUGUACUUAGAAAUGGAAGAAUUAGAAACAUUAGUGAAAUUAUACGACGAAUGUAAAGGGAUAAGACGGAAAAAUCGGUAUCGAACGAUCAAUUAAUCAUUACUUUAAAAUGACACUUAUCUUACAUGCUCUUCAUCCUAUUUUAACUUGUUCAUUACCAAAUACAAUAACGUUCCUGAUUUUCCAGUUAUGCUUUCCAAAGUGCAAGAAUAUAACUUUAUAUUAAACUUUAAAAUUGUAUAUAUGUGUAGAAUUUAGCGUACAAAGUAGAGAUUAUUAAUUUAUUUAAUGAUAUAAAUAAUGAUGUUGAUAUAUAUUCUAUCCUCACUAUGAAUUAUGAAAGAGAUAAUAAGUAAAAAUUUAAUUCCAUGAAAGGUGUGGUCUUCAAGAAUUAAAGGACUGCAAAUAUGCACAAAUUAAGUUAUGUAGAUAAUAUAGAUAUUUUCGUGUUUAUUCAAAUUUUUUAUCGAUUUAAAAGUUUUAUUUUUAAGCAUUCUCUUAAUAUAACUGACUGUACAACUUUUAGAAUUAUUUAUUAACAAAUUAUAGUCACAUGGGUUUCCUUGGGAAAAUAUUUGCCAUAAAACAAACGAUUAAAAUUCAACAUUAAAUAUAGACUAUUUUAGUUGAGAACACAUUUACGUUCUUCUGAUAAGAAGACUGAUAACGCUAUGUUUUUAUUUAACGAUUUUUAAUAAAAUCACAAACAAAAAGAGAAAAAACGUGUAUAUGUAUUUUUGUUUUGUGUGAUUAGAGUUGAUAGUAAUGAAAUGGCGAUUCCAUCGAACGAAUGUCAUUCUUAAAGUAAACAUAUCGAGUUAUACCGAGCCUUUUUUUUAAUAUCAAGAAUUUUUGUAAGAGUGAUGAACUUUUUUUCCAGACUGCUGUAAGAUGUACAGGAAGCGCCUUUGAUAAAUUAAUACCAUACAGUGCUGGGCAUUACGGCGAAAUAAUCCGUAAAAUUUAACAAUUUCUUUUGUAUUUUCUUAAAUGCUAGAUUGUAGUAAAUCAAUCGAUGAGAGAAAUAUAAUAUUGUCAAUAUUAAAUUAGCUAAUAAUUAUUAUUUAUAUUUAGUAUUAAAGAUACUAACCAGUACUUUUAGUACACAAAAAAUAAAUAUUAAUUACUGGUAAAUUUAAUUACUGCCAUUAUUGCAUUUCUAUAAGGGCAGUAUAUGUAGAAAAUUAUUAUUUUCUUUUCAUUUUGACAAUGAUCACAUUAUUGCGUUUUUGCUUUAGAAAAGAUAUAACUGAAAGAUUAAGCAUGUAGAUUAGAUAUAAAUGUUUAGAUUGUUACGGCACGGAUAUUGAUCGCGUUUUUACAUGGAUUACGGAUCGUCGCAAUAUGUCACUAUGUAAAAAGAAAAAUGUAGAAAUAACAAAUCGGCAAAAAAACACGGCAAUUUUUAUUACAUAAAUUCCUAAAUGUUUCUUUUCUUCUAUUAGAAAAAAAUUGGGUUCGUGUACAAACACUUUCUUAAUUCUAUUAGAAGUUCGGCUUGGCGAGUCUCGCGAUGUCUGUAUAUAAUUGAAUUUGAAUUGUACGGUAGAUCUGAUGUAGCGCGUAAAAAAUUUAUAAGGUAAACUCGAACGAAUUAUUAUAAAAAUAUGGAAAGAGAAUUGUGUGCUCGAUAGAGAUGUUCUACUAUUUUUAUAUGAUUAUUUAAAAAUCUGGUUGAAAUGGUUUGUAACUUUUUAAUUGCGUGCCCUGCGAGAGAGGAGCGUUUACACACAUGCAUAUAUAUGUAUUGUACAUCUGAUUCAGCAAACUUCCAUGUACCGAUUAAGUGUCGCGUUUUGAUUGGCAGAAAUCUUCUCCAAUAAAUAUGAUAUAAUUCUACGUGUCAUUGUAUUACAUAAGUGCUGCAGUUUUGACGAGAAUAAAAAUAACUGAUUAGAUCAA